CUUCACAGUCAAGAAGCCAGCAUUCUUCCACUUAUGGAAUAAUAACACUUGAAUCAAGAUGUACAUUUUCUUAGUCAUUGGAUUGGAUUAUUAUCGCAGUCAUUGUCAUGAGGAAUAGUCUUUUCCCGACUGCAAAGGAAUGUUUUAAAGUCUAAUUCACAAGAAAUUGAUCCAACGACAUGUUUUUUUGGGGGGGUUUGUUUUCCUACUUUUGGAAGGCAUUUUUGAACAUUUCUGGAGCGACUAAGAGGGCGAGCCGUUGACAUGUCCACAGACUGUGGAUGCUGGAGCGAGCCUCAGGAGCCUGCAAGCUCAGCCCCGUGACGAAGCCCACGUCAGCGGGCCGAGCCAACCACAGGCGACACAGUCAUUUGCACACGAGAAGACACGCACGCACGCACGCACGCUCGCACGCACACACACACACACACCGCACACCGCACUGAUGUUCGCUUGUGCAUCUCUCUCUGAUGUUUUCCCACCCCUGCUCGUUUGCGGUGGUCCGCCUACUUCCCUUCAGUGAACAGUAUACGAUGAACUUGGAGGAGGUAAGAUGCUUUUAAAAGAAGGUCAUCCUCGUAGUGGAGGCUGGAGAUGAGAUGUUGGCUCAAGGGGGGGGGCGGGGGGCGGCGGGGCUCCAGCCUGACGCGUCUGUGGAUUCCCGGUGAUUCUCUAACCUGGACCUCCAGCCCAGCCUCAUAGAUGAUCUUUGCCCGUGCGACUUCGUGGCUUUGGUUCGCCCAGGAGCAUCUGGAGCAUCCGGAGACCAGUUAUGGCAGUGGCCAAUAUGGUGUGUUUCUCUGACGUGGAAACUUUCCUGGACUCGCACCCCGAGUUGUUCGAGGACUACCUGAACCGAAAGGGCACGUAUGGCAUGGUGGAGAAGUGGCUCAAGAACCACCAGGCGGCCAAGGUGGGUCCGGCGGCCGCGAGGGACGAGAAGGGCGCCGCUCUGAGGGACAGCUGGGCGAGCAAAUGCGACGGUCUCCAGCGCAGAGCCUCGCAAAAGGAGCUGCGCAAAACUUUCGCCCGCUCCAAAGCCGUCAACGUCAACCGAACCUACGACGAGCAAGUCAACUCUCGGGCCCAGGAGCCGCUGAGCAGCAUGCGGCGGAGAGCCCUGCUGAGGAAGGCGAGCUCGCUGCCCCCGACCACCGCGCACAUCUUGAGCGCGCUGCUCGAAUCCAGAGUCAACAUCCCGCAGUACCCGUCCACGGCCGUGGAUUUCAAAUAUUACCUCAAGGAGAACAACGAGAGGGAGUUCUUCCUGGAGCUCGUCAAAGACAUCUCCAACGACCUGGACCUGACGAGCCUCAGCUACAAGAUCCUGGUGUUCGUGUGCAUCAUGGUGGACGCGGACCGGUGCUCCCUGUUCCUGGUGGAGGGCACUGGCAACAAGAAGACGCUCGUGUCCAAGUCCUUCGACGUGCACGCCGGCACCACCGUGCUGCCCUCCAUGAACUCGGACGAGGUUCAGGUGCCUUGGGGCAAAGGGAUCAUCGGAUACGUGGCCGAGCACGGGGAGACCGUCAACAUCCCGGACGUCUACCAGGAUCGCCGGUUCAGUGAUGAAAUUGACAAGCUGACAGGGUACAAGACCAAGUCCCUCUUGUGCAUGCCCAUUCGCAAUAGCGAUGGAGAAAUUAUCGGAGUGGCCCAGGCCAUCAACAAGACCUCAAGUGUGGAACUCUUCACUGAAGAUGACGAAAAGGUUCUGCAGAUGUACCUACCCUUCUGUGGCAUUGCAAUCUCCAAUGCCCAACUCUUUGCUGCCUCGAGGAAGGAAUACGACAGGAGUCGGGCACUCCUUGAGGUAGUCAACGAUCUGUUUGAAGAACAGACUGACCUGGAGAAAAUUGUCAGGAAGAUCAUGCACCGUGCUCAAACAUUGCUAAAGUGCGAGCGCUGUUCUGUUCAGUUGCUGGAGGACAUUGAGUCACCGGUAGUGAAGUUCACAAAGUCUUUUGAAUUAUUGUCACCUAAAUGCAGUGCAGAUGCUGAAACAAGUUUCAAGGACAGUAUGGAAAAGUCGUCUUACUCUGACUGGCUCAUCAAAAACAGCAUUGCAGAGCUGGUUGCAUCCACAGGACUUCCUGUGAACAUCAGCGACGCCUACCAGGAUCCUCGCUUUGAUGCUGAGGCCGACCAGUUUUCCGACUUCCACAUUCGCUCUGUGCUUUGUGUUCCGAUAUGGAACAGUGAUCACCAAAUUAUUGGUGUUGCUCAAGUGUUGAACCGCCUUGAUGGAAAACCAUUUGAUGAUGCGGACCAGCGUCUCUUUGAGGCAUUUGUGAUCUUUUGUGGCCUGGGCAUCAACAACACCAUCAUGUACGACCAGGUGAAGAAGUCCUGGGCCAAGCAAUCCGUGGCACUGGAUGUACUCUCUUACCACGCCACUUGCUCCAAGACUGAAGUUGACAAAUUUAAGGCCGCCAACAUCCCUCUGGUGUGCGAGCUGGGAAUUGGCAAGCUCUCCUUUGACGAUUUCUCCCUGGACGUUGAUGCCAUGAUAACGGCCGCGCUGAGGAUGUUCAUGGAGCUGGGAAUGGUUCCCAAAUUUAAGAUUGACUAUGAGACGCUGUGCAGAUGGCUGCUGACGGUCAGGAAAAACUACCGCAUGGUUCUGUACCACAACUGGAGACAUGCCUUCAAUGUGUGCCAGUGCAUGUUUGCCAUGCUCACGACGGCCGGCUUCCAGGAGACUCUGACAGAAGUGGAGAUCUUAGCACUUAUCGUGGGUUGCGUGUGUCACGACUUGGACCACCGGGGCACCAACAACGCUUUCCAGGCAAAGACAGGCUCGGCUCUCGCUCUCCUUUACGGGACAUCAGCUACGCUUGAGCACCACCACUUCAACCAUGCCGUCAUGAUCCUGCAAAGCGAGGGUCACAACAUCUUCUCCAACCUCUCAUCUGCCGAGUACAGCAACCUCAUGCAGCUGCUCAAACAGUCUAUUCUGGCCACUGACCUCACUCUUUACUUUGAGAACAGAAACACUUUCUUUGAACUAGUCAACAAAGGGGAGUACAACUGGAACGUGAAGGCCCACAGAGACAUGUGCAGAUCCAUGAUGAUGACGGCGUGUGAUCUCGGCGCUGUCACUAAGCCUUGGGAAAUAUCCCGCAAGGUGGCCGAGUUAGUGACCAGCGAGUUCUUUGAGCAGGGCGACAGAGAGCGAUCAGAGCUGAAGCUCACACCCUCGGCCAUCUUUGACCGAAACAGAAAGGACGAGCUGCCUGCUCUUCAAUUGGAGUGGAUUGACGGAAUUUGUGUCCCGCUCUAUGAGAUGGAAAAUCCUCAAAAUGAUCAUGGAAUUUGGACGCCACGCUCCACCCACAUUCAAUACCAUGAGGAAAAUAGCUUGGCAAUUUAGCUUGGCCCAUCUCUCUAGGAUACCCGCUUCCGAUUGGGGCUCUUUCGGGCAAAUUUGCGAAGAGGAGUUUGUCAAAGUACGAGCCCUGGAAUUCACCCCAAACGACUGCUUCAAAGCAAAAUGGCUGACUUCCUGUUCAAUUUUGGGCACACAGUAGGUCAAUGAGACUUUUUUUUGUGUCCAGUUAUCCGCCCACCAAGUUUUGCAUUGAUCUGUGAGACUAGUGACAUGGGCACAUUUUUUACACCUUUGCAGGUGGCGUUACUGAGUGAGUUUUGGAGGGUCAAGUUCAGACUCUUAAAAUACAUACAUUUCUGACAAUAUGUCUGCCAAUAGUGGGCCCCGAAUCCCCUAAACAGUGUCUACUAUGGGUUGAACUGAUUAGUCGACUUUACUACUCUGCAUAGACAUUUAAGGUUUAAAGUCUAGCGCAACCCACGCGCGCAGUUUUGAAAAUGUACUGCAGUUCACCUCCAAGUCGGGUGUGUCGCUACGGCUGGUAUUGGCUAGGACACCGUAGUCGAUAUCUAGACCGUCUCACUAUUGUUCUGCUGUGGUUCUCACACCUCGUCCCCUUGUCUACGCUGUCCCCUACAACCAUUUUCUGUCCGGUUGCAUUGUCAAUAAACAGAUACAAAAAAACAAAAAAACAAAAAAAAGCCUCCACCCACUUCCAUUUAGGAUGUUCUCCUUCCAACACAUCCCUCAUUGAAUAAAAGCCCUCCAUGGUUGAAUGCGGAGCAGCCAAGCGGAUGCUUUGUGUGCAUGCAACCGCAAUGAAAGAAAUCGCUCACGACUAACACUGAAUUUCUUCACAGACAGCUUGGCAUUCACGGAGAAGGAGAUGCUGUAGAAUCUGAGCGUGGGAAAUUUGAGUUGGAUAGAAUUGGCUUAACUGAGCGAUCAAAUGCAGCUGCGGCUAACUGUGUUGCACUUUAAUACAUAAUUUAAUAAAUAACCUAGAAAUGCAACCAGUCCUGCAGUUUUUAUGCUGCAGUAUAUGCUUUUAAGUACUUCAAUUUAUUAAACCACCACCCAAUGUAAGGUCUAUGCCACAACUGCCCUAAAUGAACAGCAUUGGUCAUUAACAAAGCAAUUCUUUUUUACUUUCUAUAAAGCCGAAAACACGUGUCAAAGUUUUAAUGCGAAAAAUAUCUAUGAAUUUUCAACGUUAGGACUACUGUUUUAUCCAAAAAUUGAAAUACUACUGACAUUUUCUUUCUUGAUUAGAAUGUCAAAUUAUAUUUACUUGCAUUUACGAUCAGAACAAAAUGUUUUAAGCAAAACACUCAAGUGUUUUGCUUGAUUAAUUCCAGACCUCUCAAAUAGUGUAAAAAGGUGAUUCCAGUUUGAAAUUCGUCUUUGAAAUUCACCACUUGAAAAUGGUCAAAUGCUGAGAGGGGACUGAUAUUGAAAGAGUCGGCAUUAAAGCAAUUCAUGAUCUCUUGUUGUUAUGAUGGGUGCUCCAGGUCAUGAUACUAGACUAGACAUUCAAAAGUGGCGCUAGUAGUGUAAAAAAACGUUAUUAGUAAGACACAGUCAUUCUGCUAGUGCGCCCUAGUCGUACACUGAAUUACCUACUUGCUGCCUUACUAGGUUAAUAUUGUAUAAAUGCCCAAAUGGUGCCAUUUGAGCAAAGUUGUCCUGCAAGUGAGGACAAAGAGUAUACUAGUACAUGAGCCUGGCUGGAAAGCCGUGAGAGCAUUUACAGUAUUUGAUAGCUUUCAUCGCCAUCUUAUGGUUGUACAAGUAUGGCAAAAGUGGCACUAGUAGCUGGGGUGGGGAAGAAGAAGGGAAGAAGAAAAAAAAAAAACUUCCUAGUAAGACACAGUUCUACUAGUGCACUGAAUUGUCUUACUCAUCAGGACCAAGAGCGUACUAGUACAUGGACCUUAGGCUGGAUAUCAAGGGCUUCAAAUGGACCUUUACUGUACUAUAUAUAUUUACUAUGUGGCUUUCCAUAUCCUCAUUGCGAGUGAAGCCUGCUGCAUCGCUCCGAGGCUGAACGCAAGUGGCCUGUGAGAGAAUGCGCGCCAUCCAAUUGCGUCGACGAGCCUGGCGGCCUCCCCUCUCGCUGCGUGGGCGGCAGAAGGCGCGCGGAGGAAAAACGGGCGAAGGCGAAGCCAGAGUGAAGAUGAGCAACCGUCACGGUCGGACAACACCAAUCGUGCCAAUCUGUCCAGUUUAUUCAAUUAGGCGGCAGAAGUAAGAACAAAGCAUGUUCAAAGCAUCAAAGUAGGCGCGUUACCUGCGCGGGGGCGUUUGUCAGCGCGAGCUGAUGUUCUGGGGAAGACGCAGAUAUGGAGCUCACUAUCACGCCGCCGCCAAUUAGACUUGGGAAGGGGAGAACGAGGGAGAUGUGAGGACACGGGGAGGCAGUGGUUGGAAGGUCUCUUUCUUGAUCUUGCUGAUCUCUUUCUCCUGCUGCUGUCUUGACGCUUCAUGGAAUAUUAAUCCUCCCCUUAUAUAACUGUCGCGCGCUUCUCCCUCACUCUUCCUAUCAGGAAUCGUGACACCACUCCAUGGCGGAUGUGUACUAAGGAGAAACCCAGGGGCGCGUCGUGUAUUUGGUACCUGGGCCUUAACUGGGGCCUUGCCCAACUUAAUCCAUCUCGUAAUUACACCACUAUGACUUCGCAAUUAUAGAAAGCAUCAAUACUAUUCAAAAACGCAACAUAAGAGCACACAAUGUAGAGCAUCUGUAGCAGGUCAGAAUGCAUGAACAAAUACAUCAUGCUAAUUAGAGAUGCUGAUGAUUAAUGGAUUGUGUGCAGAUUGCUACAGAUGUGUUUUGCUGGUCCAAAUUGGCUCUAACAGGUUUUGCUCUGACGAACCAAUCAGAGGACGAAAUAUGCUGAGGUCAUUGAACUCGCUGCCCCUAUGAGGCAGAUUUGAAACAUUGCCAUCUACAGCAGUGAUUCCCAAGCAGCGUGCCGUGUGAGCUCUUCUGGUGUGCCGCGGGAAAUUAUCAAAUUUCACUUAAUAGGUCAGAAUAUUAGUUAUUUACAAAAAAUAAUGUCUUUGUUCAUAAAGACAGACAGAACAAAUAAAUGCUCUUUUAUUAGAUGGCACAAAGUGUAUAAUUGACUUGUGUAUCCACUUUUAGUGACAUUUUUGUUUGUUGGUGUGCCGUUGGAUUAAUAAAGGAUGGGAAUCAAUAAAGGAUGGGAAUCACUGAUCUACAGUAUACGGACCACAAAAAAAAAAAAAAAAAAAAGGACAUUUUUGGCUGCACAUGAUUAAAAUGUGGUAAACUGAUGUAAUUUUGCCCUCUUUUGAUUGGCAACCAAUCCAGUGUAUUCCACCCACUGCAGUUACCCACAAUCCCAAUGAAGUGAAGUAUAUAGAAAAUGUAUGGAGACAUACAUUUACUUUUGCCUGUGUAUGUGCGCGAGUGUGUGUGUGCUCGCAAUGGAGGAGGUUUUCCUCGGUAGUGUGAGUGUAGUGCAUUUCAUAUGAAGCAGAGUUAAUGGAUCCAGUAGACUCGGUGCAGCGUCUGGAUCGAGAUGAAUAGUGGCUCGAAUAAUGUGCUGAUGCUCUACUUUGUGCCUUGUACACAGCCGAGCUACAUCAACACAACAGAGAAAAGCAUUCCAGUGUCCAAAGAGUAAAUGUGUAAAAGCAACAUUUGCGAUCAUCUUGUUUGAAUCUGUCUGCAGAGUUAAUCCCACAUCUCAAUUUGUGACUUUUAUCCCCUGAAUGAGUGGUGCUCUUCACAUUUUUGUCUAUGCUUUUUUUAAUUUUUUUUUUUAACUUCCCAGUUCUCAUCUCAAAGCACACAGACAACACGUGUGAUUAAUGUCUAGACAGAUUUCAGCACAGUCAAAUAACUGUCACAUGCCAGUGAUGCUCAAUAUGCUGUUUCUAUGGCAACCUGGAGCGGAGGGCUCAACUGCCCCACACAGCAGAGAAAGGACAGGGAGUUAUGGGGGGAACACCAAGUCAGCCACACACACACACACACACGCACACACUAAAAAGAUUGUGUAACAAUCAAUUUGUUCAUAUUUAAAAACAUGUAAGCAUCAACAAAACAGCGCUGAUUUUUUGCUUUGACUUGCAAGCAAAAAUUUGAGCCAUCAGUGCUGUAUGGUGGCAGUGAAGGCAACUCAAUUCACUUCACAACAAGCAGCAGUUUUGCAGACCAAGAACAACAUUUCGAGAGAAAAAAACAACAAACAAAAAAAAGAGGCUUCACGCUGUUUAAUGCCACUCCCAGUUGAAGUUUUUUUUGGCAAACUAAAACAAAGACAAUUACACAUCAUGUAAUUAAAAUCACAUAGCUUUGCCUUAACGAAGUCUAUUUAGCUUCAUGCUAACAAAUAAUGCCGAACACCAUAAGUGGGCUAAAAAGUAGCAUCAGUCUCACCUUGUUAGAACACUUGAGGCUGCAGAUACUUGAACACAAACGGUGCAUUGACACAUGUAGACAGAAUAUAAAACUCACUGUCACGAUUGGUUUUCGAAGGCGAGGAAGGCAAGGCAAAAACGUGGAGGACCCAAGUGCAGGGAAGCAG